AAGCUGACCAUGUGCUGGCUGCGCAACAUGAGUAAGGAAGCCACCUACACCCUCAACACAGUCCCCCUGCCCGCUCCUGAAGCGCUCAAGAUCCUGAACGAGCGUGACCACAUCUUCCUCUUCUGGAAGAGCCUGGCCGUGAAAGGGAAGACCUUUAACGAGAGCCGGGGUUAUGAGGUGCAUGUGUACGACAGCGUGACCAACUCCACCACCUGCCUGGGCAACACCACCGAGACCUUCCUGCGGAUCAACAACCUGCUGGCCCAGCACAACUACACCUUCUCCGUGCGCCCGCUGCUCUUACAUGAUGGCACACCUUACAGGGCACACCUUACAUGAUGGCACACCUUACAUGAUGGCAAACCUUACAUGGCACACCUUACAUGAUGGCACACCUUACAGGGCACAUCUUACAUGAUGGCACACCUUACAUGUAGUGAUGCACCGAUAUAU